AUGGUAUUGACAAACAAUAUCACCUCCAUCAUCCUUCUGGGAUUUCCAAAUCAUGAGAACAUCACAUUUAUGUUGUUCUCAUUACUAGUUAUUAUAUUCAGUGGAACCAUUUCAGGAAACCUUCUUAUCAUGGUCUUGUAUUUAGUAAGUAAAACCCUUCGGUCCCCCAUGUACUUCUUCAUUGCACAGCUGUCGUUAUUUGACCUCCUGUUGACUACAGAUAUAGUCCCUGUCCUUCUUCACACAGUACUGUAUGGAAGAAGUACUAUGACUCUCAUCGGCUGCAUAAUCCAGUUUUCUGUUUUUGUCAUAUCAGACUCCUCAGAAUGUUUUCUACUGUCAGUGAUGUCUUAUGAUCGUUAUUUGGCCAUCUGUAACCCCCUUCGUUACCUUUCCAUCAUGACUCAUAAUUUCUGUGUUACGUCUGUAAGUUUUAUUUGGUUGUUGGCUUUUAUUGUAGCACUGAUCAAUAUUAUCUCCAUCUAUAGUUUACAUUUCUGUGGACCACACGUCAUUGACCAUUUCUACUGUGACUAUGAUCCUAUACUGCAGCUCUCCUGCUCUGAUACAUCCAUUAUACAUAAACUGAAUCUUAUAAUGGGAUGUUUCAUUGUUACGGGACCUUUCAUAAUAAUUGUGAUGUCCUAUAUGUACAUUGUCAUCACCAUUCUGAAGAUCCCAUCCAAUACCGGAAAAUAUAAAGCCUUCUCCACCUGUAGCUCUCAUCUCAUUGUGGUUUCUGUGUUUUAUGGGACAUUAAUGAUUGUUUAUAUGUUUCCUACAAAAGGACAGUCCCUGAUCCUGAGUAAGAUCUUGUCUCUGAUGUAUACUGUGUUGACCCCACUGCUCAAUCCUAUUAUAUACACUCUGAGGAACAAAGACAUUAAGAACGCUCUCAAUAAACUUAAAGGGUAA